AUGGCAUUGGAGUUGUCUGAAUUAGAUGUUAGUAUUGGAGCACUUACCUCUGGUGCAUCAGAUACAACUGUGUGUGAAUCCGUAGCUGCUGAAACACACAAUAGAUUGGACAACCCAGAAUCUAACACAAAUUUAGGUGAAAUUAUAAGUUGUUUGCAGCAACAUACAGGGUAUAGCAAUAUUGAAGAAGAUGUUUUCGCCGAAUUGGAAAAUGACCCGUUCAGGGCCAGCGAUGAAAGUGAUGAGUAUUUACCCAGUCCUAGUGAUACGACGGACACAGAUUCCGACAAUGAUUGUAUACCAAAAAGACUGAAGAUAAAUACUUUAUCAACUCUUCAACAAAAUGAAAACAACAAGGCAAACGUUUUUAAUGAUUUAUCUAAAAAGAAACAAAAAGAAUUUAAAAAAUCCGAAAAAACCGCAGAUAUUCCGUUUGCUUCUAGCUGGUAUGAAAGUGGAACCGAUAUAAAGAAACCCUAUGUUAUAAUGAUUUCAAAUUUUGCCCGCAGACCCUUGUAUAUCUCGGCGCUGGGUUUCUUCACCAUGACUGUUACAAAUGCUGUACAGUCCGAAAAAACUGCAGAAAUUGCUUUUGCUUCUAACUGGGAAGAAAGUGGAAGCGAUUUAAAGAAAUCCUAUGUUAUAAUGAUUUCAAAUUUCGCCCGCAGACCUCUGUAUAUUUCGGCGUUAGGUUUCUUCUCACUGACUUUUACAAAUGGUCUACAGGCCAUCGUUAAAUGCACUGUGAUGUUCGUAAACCACGAUAAAAUAUCAAGCUUACUAAAUGAUACUCUUCUUUUCUGGAAAAUCGAUACAUACCCAUUUAAAAAAGAACGAAAAGUAGCUCAGUUCAUGGAAAAGGUCCUUAAAUUCUUCUUAUUUUGGUAUCCAAGCCUUGCAACUACUACUACUCUGCUUGUAUUUCUUAGUCCUUUGAUAAUGCAUAAAAGGAUCUUGCCUAUGUCAACAUUCGUUCCAGAAUAUCCUCCGUAUUGGCUACUAUACCUAACAGAGUGCUAUGCUUUUGCAGUCAUAUAUAUUGGCGUAGUAUAUUUUGACGUACUGAUUGGUACUUUGGUAAUGAUGGUAGUUAUUCAAUGGAAACUCUUAAACAGAAAAAUUCAUGAUGUUCUCGAAAGACCUGUGACCAAUCAAAAAGAAAAGAAUUUGUUGCAAGCAGAUAUUAAGACCUGUAUAGACUAUCACAAUUUUUUAUUGAAUCAAGGGGCAACAAAUUUAUCAAUACGCAUAAUAUUAAUGCUGGGAUAUAAUGAUGAGUUUAUUUUGUUUUACGUUUUACCCGGACAACUUCUUACAUCUGAGGCUGAAAAUACCGAAAAAGCUGUUUUUUCUUGCAAUUGGUAUGAAAAUACUACCGGCUUGAAGAAAACUGUUAUUACUAUGAUAUCUUGCAUAAGUCGCAAACCAGUUUAUAUAACUGCAGCAAAUUUUCUUAAUUUUAGUUUUGAAAGUGGUCUUAAGGGACUUUUAACAUUGGUAGCUGCGUAUAUGAAGCAUGCAGAGAUAUUAGAUUUGAUACGUGAUAUGAAAAAUUUUUGGGAACUGGACGAUGUACGGGACGAAGAUGAAAGAAACGCUAACUUCGCUAUAUUGAAAACAGUCAAAAUCAUAUUUAUUUACUUUUUAGGUUUUGCCGUAAUACCGUCAUCGUUUUUUUACUUCAGACCAUUCAUUUUACGAAAAAGGGUGUUAGCGUUCAAUAGUUAUAUUCCUGAGAGUAUCCCCUACCCUUUAUUGUAUCUUCUUGAAACUUACGCAUUUGUUGUGAUAGAUUUUUCUUGCAUGGCUUGGGAUGGGUUCUGCGCAACCGUCAUCAUUUUGGCAUAUGUGCAAUGGCGAAUCUUAAAUCGAGAAAUUAGAAGAGUGUUGGAACUCAAAAUUGAAAGUGAAGAAGAUAAGGAAACGAUGAAGAAGAAAGUGAAAAGAUGCAUCGAUCACCAUCAUUUUUUAUAUAGUUUGGUAAACUGCCAAUGUACGGUCAUAUAA